UUCAGUGAAAUCGGUUUUCCAUAAAUUAUGAGUUUAAUAUAAAGAAUUAUUGUUAAUUAGUUAUUUAUUGUUUGUUUGAUAUGUAAACGGUCUACAAUGUGUUUUAUGUCUUUCAAAAAUGGCAUGUUCUAAAAUUCAAAAAGAUGGAACCGGUGCACGUGACAUGGUACCAGCAAUGGACAAACUAUACGAUUUGAUGCACGAGAAACACGUGUUUAUCAACUACAGUCAGCCGGAAAUAGAGGAUAUAUCCAAAGCAGUCCAAAUACUUCUGACAAGGCUUAUUGGCUGUUAUAACAAUCGGAAUGGAAGGUUUGUUAUAACAAAGUUCGUACCAGGUGGUAGUAUGGUGGAAAAGACCAGAAUCUGGGAGAACCAGCAGGGUCCAAUGAUCGAAUUUGAUUUUCUUGUGUUAUUGCAGUAUCGUUACGAAGCACAACAUGUUGGCUACGGCUGUCCUGGUCAUUUAAAACUUUUGAAUUUCAAAACGGCCAGAGGCGAUGAUGGGAAAUAUACCAUGACAGAAGAAGAGUUAAGAGCAGACGAGGUUGUAAAUGAGCAUAACAGUGUGAUUUCAAAUAUCCUGGAAGAUAUAUGCAAGAAGAAUACAAACUGUACAGUUCACGCUUGUGGUUGUGACGUCAAAUGUAGUGACGUCGUCUGUUGCAGUGAUCAAACAUCUAAUUCAUGCGCAACGUUUCGAGUUGACACAGGCUCUGGGUGGCUAGAAUUUGAAGGAUUGGAGGAUGAAACUAAGAGCUUUCUUAAACCAAUUAUUAUGAAAUGGCACAGCAACAGUCAAACAUUAAUUAAACCAAAAAUAUCAAAAGAAAUCGACAUUGUCGAAACGAGUCCAAAUGAAAUCAAAAUAAUGGCCGAUUUUAUUCCGGGAUUUCAGUUUUCGCGAUCAAGAAUUCCAGAAUUAUUUGAGUGCAAUUUUCCAAAAUUUCCUAAUAAUGUUCAAGAGCCUGAUGAGUUUUUCCUGGUGCCAAAAUUGUGUCCUAAACAACACCCAACAUGUUGGAGAAUAUCUUACUGUGCAAGCGAAGUGCAAUCAAUGACGUCAACGCAUCAAAAACACAGGGACGCUUAUAAAAUGAUCAAAGUGUUUAAAAAUUACGCGCUAGAGAAUACAAUCUUGUCAACUUACUUCAUGAAGUCAGUUGUUCUGCGUCAUAUCGAUCAUUGUGAAGCAGACGGACCGGAAAUGCAGCCAUGUUUGACCGAGAUGCUCGAGUAUACAUAUAAAUGUUUCAAGAGGCACGAAUUACCUCACUUUGUACUUGGACAUGAUCUUUUCGAGAACAGGAUAUUUUUUCAGAACGCAAAACAAGAAGAGGUGUUCUUAAAGAACUUUAAACAGCUAGUCAGUGAGUUGAAGAAAGAUCGUUUCCGACGUUUUUUAACAGAAGAAGGUAAGAAGACGAAGAAAUCGUUACAAAUAAAAGACAUGCUGCAGAGGAUUGCCAAGUUGCUAACAAGCCACAGACAAUUCUAAAACAUUGUAAACUGUUGGUUAUUCUAACAAUCUGUACACGAUUGUGAAAAAGUAACUGGAAUUUCUAUUUAACUUAUGUUAUUUAUAAUAAUCUGUCUAACCAUUGAAAAAAUGUUAGGCAAUUCUAACUAAGAUACAGAAAUUCUAACUUCAAUAGACAAUUCUGGUUAACCAUAAAUCCUAAAGUGACGCAGGCGAUAUAUCCGGACAAUAGGAUUUUCAUUCACCAUUUGCAACUCUAACAAGAGUUUAGUAUUUUUGGAAAUCAAAAGUUUGAAAGUUAAAUAGUGGUUUAGACCGGUGAUGUAUUAAAAUGACCCAUUUGUUGUUGGUACAAUGUAUGUAAAAUGUUAGGAUUACUAGUUAAGUAAGUGAUAAGUAAGUAAAUAACCCGUCACCGUCACCCCACCCCAACCCGCCGGAUCCCCGCCACACACACACAUAUUAGCUGAAUAUCUUUAACAUUACAAUGUAUAUAAUAUAUACACUUAAUAAUAUACAUGUUCCAUUUGACUAAUUACUGCAACAAAAUAUAGAUUAUUUUACAUUAGCUUCAAAUCUCGCGAACAAAAAUAGAUCAAAGGAGGGAUUUUGUGAUGUGUAUUUAAAAAUAACGUAUUGAAUUUGACUUCGGAAAUUCCACUGUCCACUUGAUACAGCCUAUCCUUGAAAGUUAAAUAUAAGUAGAUAAUAGAUAUAUACUCUUGACUGAUUUAAUAUACAAAACUUGAUUUAUGUAUGGAUAUGACAUUAUUGCUAUUUAUAGAUUAACAUUUAGUUAAAUUGCGGGUAUCAGUGUCGUCUGCUUGUUAGCCGGUUUAUUUACGUACAUUCAUUUAAAUCAGGACAUAGAUUUAAGGAGAAAACAAUUUGAUUGUAUUAUUAUGAAAAAUGAUAGCUUUUUACUUUUUACAAGGUCAGAUAUAUUUCACAUUAAUAUUGAUAUGAUCAUCUUCUGACAAAUCUGACAAGAACAACAUCAU